CCGGAAGCCCUCGGUCCGGCCCGGAAGUAGUGCGGACUUCGUACACGUGAGCAGUAGCAUGGCGGCCCAUCGCUCCGGCCCGCUCAAGCAGCAGAAUAAAGCUCAUAAAGGCGGGCGGCAUCGGGGUCGGGGAUCUGCGCAGCGGGAUGGCAAGGGCCGUCUAGCACUGAAAACCCUAAGCAAGAAGGUGAGAAAAGAUCUCAGCAGAGUAGACCAGAGGCAUCGCGCCAGCCAGCUCAGAAAGCAGAAGAAGGAGGCGGUUUUGGCAGAGAAGAGACAGCUGGGCAGCAAGGAUGGCCCUCCUCACCAGGUACUGGUGGUGCCCCUGCACAACAGGAUUUCCCUGCCAGAGGCCUUUCGGCUGCUUCAGGAUAGGGACACUGGAACAGUACAUUUGAAUGAAUGGGGAAGCACCCAUAGCUUUAUGCUGUUAUGCCCCCACUUGAAACAUCGGUGGUUUUUCACAGCUGCAAGGCCAGGGGAUCUGCACACUGUGUUAGACAUGGCUAAAGUGGCUGAUACUAUCCUGUUCCUCCUUGAUCCACUAGAAGGCUGGGAUAGCACUGGAGAUUACUGCCUUUCCUGCCUCUUUGCUCAGGGCCUUCCCACCUAUACAUUAGCUGUCCAGGGGGUUUCCGGGCUCCCACCGAAGAAGCAAAUAGAUGCCAGAAAGAAGCUAAGUAAAGCAGUGGAGAAACGCUUUCCUGAUGACAAACUCCUCCUAUUAGACACUCAACAAGAGGCAGCGAUGCUGCUCAGGCAGUUGGCUAACCAGAAACAAAGGCAUCUUGCCUUUCGAGAUCGGCGGGCCUACCUGUUUGCUCACACUGCUGACUUUUUGCCUAGUGAAGAGAAUAACUUGGUGGGCACCUUGAAAAUCUCAGGCUAUGUUCGUGGGCAGGCUCUGAAUGUAAAUAGUUUGCUGCAUAUCAUUGGACAUGGUGAUUUCCAGAUGAAACAGAUAGAUGCCCCUGUGGACCCUUUCCCUUUAAAUCCUAGAGUGAUCAAAUCCCAAAAGGACCCAGGCAUGGCAAUGGAGAUUUGUGCUACAGAUGCUGUAGCUGAUAUGGAGGAAGACCUUAAGGUCCUAAUGAAGGCAGACCCUGAUAGACAAGAAUCUUUGCAAACAGAGGUUAUCCCAGAUCCAAUGGAGGGGGAGCAGACCUGGCCCACGGAGGAGGAGCUGAGUGAGGCACAUGACUUAUUGAAGGAAAGUUCCAAGGUGGUAAAGAAGGUUCCCAAAGGAACAUCUAGUUAUCAAGCUGAAUGGAUUUUGGAUGAGGAUGGUGAAAGUGGUGGGGAAGGCAAUGAAUAUGAUGAUGUAGAACAUGAGGAUUUUAUGGAAGAGGAAUCUCAGGAUGAGGGUAGUGAAAAGGAAGAAGAGGAGGAAUGUGAAACUAUGACUACAGGAGAGUCUGUGUGUGAUGAUCUGUAUGAUGAGAAAGUGGAUGAAGAGGCUGAAGAAAAAAUGUUGGAGAAAUAUAAACAAGAAAGACUGGAAGAGAUGUUUCCAGAUGAAGUAGAUACCCCCCGUGAUGUGGCUGCUAGAAUUCGAUUUCAGAAAUACAGAGGCCUCAAGAGCUUCCGGACAUCUCCAUGGGAUCCUAAGGAAAACCUUCCUCAAGAUUAUGCUCGGAUCUUUCAGUUCCAGAACUUUAUUAAUACUAGGAGACGCAUCUUUAAAGAGAUUGAAGAAAAAGAAGUUGAAGGAGCUGAGGUUGGCUGGUAUGUCUCACUUCACGUGUCUGAAGUCCCUGUCUCAGUUGUUGAGCACUUCAAGCGAGGAGCACCCUUGAUUGCAUUUUGUUUACUACCUCAUGAACAGAAGAUGUCAGUACUGAAUAUGGUGGUGAGCCGGCACCCCGGCAACACUGAACCUGUGAAAGCCAAAGAGGAGCUGAUAUUCCACUGUGGAUUCAGGCGCUUCCGAGCGUCACCUUUACUCUCUCAGCACACUGCAGCGGAUAAACAUAAAUUUCAGAGAUUCCUUACUGCUGACAUGGCCCUUGUGGUGACAGUCUAUGCCCCAAUCACUUUUCCUCCUGCAUCUGUGCUGCUUUUCAAACAGAACAGCAAUGGAAUGCACAGCCUCAUUGCCACAGGCCAUCUAUUGUCAGUGGACCCAGACAGAAUGGUUAUCAAGAGAGUUGUUCUGAGUGGCCAUCCUUUCAAAAUUUUUACUAAGAUGGCAGUAGUGCGUUACAUGUUCUUCAACAGAGAGGAUGUGCUGUGGUUUAAACCGGUGGAAUUGAGAACAAAGUGGGGCCGCAGGGGACACAUAAAGGAGCCUUUAGGUACUCAUGGCCACAUGAAGUGCACUUUUGAUGGAAAGUUAAAAUCUCAGGACACAGUACUGAUGAACCUCUAUAAACGAGUUUUCCCCAAAUGGACUUAUGAUCCAUAUGUACCAGAACCGGUACCUUGGGUGAAAGAUGAGAUUUCUUCAACAGUGCCUGAAGUAGACAUGGAAUAAUGGAUUCAGUCUCAUUGCUAGUAGUUAGCACUUUAGGGAUGAGAGCCUGUAGGCUGCAAUUGGGCAGUCUGUUUUCUACUUUGGCCUAGAGGUCUCCUGCUCCUUUUUACAGAAGGCUUUUCUUGGCCUUGACAAGUUGUCUUAGUUAAGUAUGGAUUUUUUUCUGUUGCUACUCAGUCCAAAAAAACUAUUAAAAUCUUAUUGAAAUAUCCAUUCUCUAUUACGAUUUUGAAAGCUGUGUAAAAGGGGAAGAUGGGAAGUUGAUGUUGACCAGGAAAGAAAAAUUUCAAGUAUCUAGACACUGAAUCCCUUCUCUUCCUUUUGCACAAAUUAAACAGAAACAAAUUGAUAAGGAACUGGCCUGUCAGCCUGCUUCACCCAAGUUAGGGAGGUUAAAUCUACGUUUCCACCACUGAGCACAAUACAAAUAUUCUUUACUUCUGGGGAAACUGUUUGAAAACGCUGAGACAGCACAGCAGCCACUCCAACACCAGCUGUAGGUUCAAUAAGCAAUUUCAUCCUCUCCCACACCAGCUGGGUUGCAUACUGUUGGUAUAGAAUGGAGUAAGAAUUAGUGAAAUGGGAGAUGAGGAAAGAGCCUAGUUGGUUGGCCUUUACAGUUAAAGGCAAGAUGGGGAUAUAUGCCCAAUCUGAAUUUUCCUGUUGCUCUGUGUUUAUGCUUGCCAGUGAAGGAUGGGGCUUAUUUUUCAUUUGAACUCUGUUUCUACUGUCUUGAUAUGUCUAGGGUAACCCUCCCAUAUGUUAUGAAAUCACCUAGUCAGGUCCCCAGUGGGUAGAGAUGCUGCUUAACUACAGGAGGAUUUUUUGCCUAAGAAGUUACUCCACUCUUUUAUUAUUUCCUUUCCUCUUGGAGCCUCACCUUAAUUUCAUCCUCCGUAACGGUGAAGACGUCAUCCACGAGGUCCUUUAUAAUAGGCCAGGUGUUUGAGCCAAUGCUCGAUUUGACACCAUCUGCUAUGGUUUCUGGAGGAUAGGGAUUGGGGGUCAACUCCCUUUUCAGUUUGGACUGGUAGCAGUCAUCUGCAUUCAAGGGUUCAGCAGCAUAUACCUUCACAUUAGGUCUUAGAGCCUAGGAACAAGAAUAGUAGAUAUUUUACAGCUAGUUACAGCAUUUUGCCUGCAUGCUUGCAGUAAAAUAGGCAGUACAGUUAACACAUUUCUGCCCAACUAAGAAAGAACCUUUCUUUUAACCCAUGUACUGGCCUUCAGUUGCCUAGAUCACAGCUGGGUCUGCUGGUAACGAAAAGAGUAGCCCCUGACUUGGACAGUGGUUGGUGAGAUGGAAUUCAAGGAAGGGACUGUAAGGGUGCCACUGAUUGUAACUGCUUUUGUGCUGUAUAGUUGUCACGUCACUAAGAAAAGGGUAGUGAGGCAGAAAAGGGCCUUGCAUCUCAAAUGCCAAGGGAUGAUGGGAAGGAAUGGCAAUUAGGGGGAAUGUUAAGCACGUAUUCACAAUGUACUAUGAUGUAAAAUAAACUAUGUAUAAAAUAGAUAAGUAAGUUUAUACUGUAUAGCACAGGGAACUAUAUUUGAUAUCUUGUAGCUUAUGGUGAAAACGAAUAUGAGAAUGAAUAUAUACGUAUGACUGACACAUUGUGCUGUACACCAGAAAUUGACACAACAUUGUAAACUGACUAUACUUCAAUUAAAAAAAAGUAAAAAUAAAUAAAAUGAACUCUUCUGUGCCCUAA